AUUCGAUACAGAAUCGCCCGCAUACGCGUGAGCGUUGACUCGGGGCCAGCCCAUCUUGCCAGCUUGUGAAUCGGGUUCGUGAUGGUCCGCGUAAGCCCGUCCUCAACGCCGAACCGCAUGGUCGGACUGAGAGUGCCAAUGGGGGCCGUCUGAGAGGGCGUGGAAGGGCUUGUCGGAUUCGACUGACUCUAGCAAUGGGCCUCUGUCUCAGAGAGACAUGGAAGGCAUCGUUGGUCGGUUGUACACGAAGCUGGGUUGCCCUUCUUCCAGCCAUUUCUCAACAGAUCCCCGCGACAGAACUCGAACGACCAUCUCGACGCAGACUUCGUCAACUUAGCCUUCGACAAUCUGUUCACGAUGCCCGAAUUGUAUAUUCCUCCCAAGGAAAUAUCCUUUCGCCUUCGUGGCUAUAGAAGCAACUACGUCCUCUUCUCCCGCAAUAAGCCGGACCCUAAAUGCGGUCACACCAGUGUAGGACCGAACGCCGAUCAGUGGUGGCAGCUUGUUCCAGGAACAGGGCAGCAUGCAGGGUAUUAUCUCAUCAAGAGCAAAUUUACAGGAAAAGUGCUUUUCUCGAGGAGAACACGCGAUCCCCCGGUCGGCGACAUCGAUGGAGACGGCAAGUAUAAUGACAACUGGUUCAAGUUCGAGGUCGGCACCGGCAAGCUCGCAAGCCACUUCCGUAUUCGAAAUUACGCCUCUGACACCGUGCUUGUCUCCCGCACCCACAGAAACCCUACUUUCUACAACCACGCAGGAAUCGGCGAUGUCCACGAGGACCAGUACUUCACAUUCCUCUUUGAGGAUAUGGCGAUAAACAGAGUUGAAUACCAAAUUGACCAGGCGAAGGUUCUUGCCUCUGUUCCCGAGGUCAUAGGUACAACGACCUUGAGGAACGAUAGCGCUAUCAAUCAGACGGUCGAGUUCGAUUUUGCCCGGACCGAAACCAUUUCCUCCUCCUUCGAUUACACAGUCGGGUUCACCAUCACCGUGGGCACCAGUGGAAAGAUUGGGAUUCCCUUUGUUACCGAGGGUCAGAUUAAAGUCGACAUAUCCAACUCCCACGAGUUAAAAUGGGGCACGACAACCACUGAAUCCAAGACUUACUCGAUACGGUUCCCUGCAAUCGCUCCCCCCCGCCAUUCAAUCAUUGGGACAGGCACCGUAACCUGCUCCAACAUUGAGGUUCCAUUCACAAUCUAUUCGAAAUCUGUUGCUACUGGGUUCGAAGUUGCGACCCAUGGCAUUUAUCGCGGUGUUACCUACUGGAACAUCCAGAGCAGUAUUAAGCAAGGGCCUCUCUGAAGGACCGAUGCUGGGAUCUCUUGUCGAAGACCGAUUUUUUCUGCUUCUGCUUUUACUAUGUUUCUGUCAGGCCACCUCUCGUCAGUUGUGCAAAGCUCGCUGCAAAAGUUAUGGAUGUAGUGCUCAAGGGUACGUUGGUAUUUUAAUAUUGCAAUAAUCAUUUUUAAUCGAUUGACAAAGAACCAAUAUUGUAGCCAAAAGCGUUUACCCGGUGAAGUCAAACCGGUGGAAUCAAAUUCUAUGCACGUGAACACCUUCUGAACAAAAAUGGAGAGCCUUAGCUCAAGUACAGAGAUGCUGUACUCAUUACUCAUUAUCUAGUUAACAUGCUGAGUGCUCAUUAUAGAGAAACUGUACUCGGCAUCUUCAUUUCAGUACAGACCUAGUCAGAAUUCCAAGAAACUAUUUGCAUCAGCAAGUGGAGGUUCUGCCACCAAGUCAAGUGGUGAGUGAAAUUUGCUGGUUUCAUUUACACUGAUGGCUGGUCUUGAGUU